AUGGACCAGCAGCAAACAGGGAAGGGUGCCCAGUUUCCACAGACCACACUGUACGAGUUGGAGAGUCAGUACACCCCCAGCAGAUGGGUCAUCCGACUGGGAGCACAGGAAGCCCUGAGGACCUACUCACAGAUGGGAAACGACGCCACCAAAAAGGCCCAAGCCACCAGGAGGAGCCUGCUGCACGUGCCCUACGGAGAUGGCGAAGGAGAGAAACUGGACAUCUACUUUCCCGAGGGAGUGUCUGCAGCCCUGCCUUUCUGUGUGUUUCUUCAUGGAGGAAACUGGCAGACUGGAAGUAAAGACGCGUCGGCCUUCAUGGUCAACCCACUGACAGCACAGGGCGUGGCCGUGGUGGUGGUGGGUUACGAUAUUGCCCCCAAAGGCACCUUGGACCAGAUGGUAGAUCAGGUAACCCGGAGCAUUGUGUUUGUCCAGAAGAAGUAUCCGCGCAAUGAGGGAAUUUACCUGUGUGGACACUCAGCUGGGGCCCACCUGGCCGCCAUGAUGCUCCUGGCCAACUGGACCAAGCAUGGAGUCACCCCCAACCUCAAAGGCUUUUUCCUGGUAAGCGGGAUUUACGACCUGGAGCCCAUCGUGCACACGUCUGUGAAUGCCCGUCUCCUAAUGACCCUGGAGGAUGCUCAGAGGAACAGCCCACAGCGCCACCUGGAGGCGGGCCUAAUGCAGCCCGUGGGUCCCUCCUGCCCCAUGCUGGUGGUGAUUGUGGGCCAACACGACAGCCCUGAAUUCCACCGACAGUCCAGAGAGUUUUAUCAGACGCUGUGCCGGGCUGGGUGGAAAGCCUCGUUUGAAGAACUGCACGAUGUGGAUCACUUUGAAAUCGUUUGGAAACUAACCCAGCAGGACUACAUGCUCACCCAGAUUAUUUUGAAAACAAUCUUCCAGGAGUUCAGUGACAACCCCUGAACCUCAAUAGAUGUGCACCCGACUUGUUCUCCAAAGAGUCUGACCGUUUCCCCAUCUCGCCAGUCUCUGCGUCCUGGGCCUGGUAGCACCUCCAUUUGUCCACCCGCCCUGGCAAGAGUCCAUUCUUCCCACUCCUGAGCACCGGUAGAGGUCUGCACGGCCGCUCCCUGGCCUGGAUUGAGCGGCUGCAGAGACGGUCCAGCUCAGGACAAUGCCUCUCCCCACGUUUGGCCCCCCUGUCUGCUGAGAGGUGUGACAAAAAUGACAGUUCCUAACCAGGCAUACACUUACCUCCAGCCCACAAGCCUUUUUAAACAGUUGAAAA